GCGGAAUGGAAAGACACACAGAGUCUUGUGCGCAUGGUCCGUAAGCUAGUGAACGCUGAUUAUCUUUAUUGGAUGGACGUUGUGCAAGAUGCUAACCCUUCCGCCGAAUCUGUGCAAGACCUAACUGACAUUGGCGGGAAGCUUCGUCAGGUAAAGUUGGAUGUCGACCAAAUUCUCCGAAACAUAACGAGUGCCGAUCAACAGUCCUCUGAUGCGGGCUCCACGAACCAGCCGUUGAAUUCCGGUCCGUACGACCCGGAGAAAAUCGGAAAGGAUCUUUUAAAUAGUAACAUAACAAAAUUGGCCAAUUUGAAUGUCUCUUACACGGAUCGUGAUCGCUUAAACGCCGUCCUUGAUCGUUACCAGUCUCGCUUGACUGACCAAAACAGUGGACCAAAUAUAAAUGGCUCGGCAGGCGACCACUCCAUCAUCUCCCAGAGCCAGGCGGGCAAAGCUAACGACACUGUUCUCAAGCAACAAUCAUCCCUUGUGGACCACGCUGGUAACAUUCGGCAAGGGGUCUCGUCCGCAACCGGAUGCCAUGAACACACAACUUAUGCUCGCGACGGCCAGUCGAAGAUUGAGUAUGACGACGUUCUCAGUCGCUACCGGUCUCGCUUGCCUGCCCAAAGCACUGAAUCGCAAAUAAAUGCCUCAGCAGGCGACAACUCCGUCGUUUCCCAGAGCCAUGUGAACAAAGCCCACGACACUUUUGUUGCCCCAACACUGGCCCUUCAUCAACAUGUCCGUUACAUCGACCAUUCGAUCUGCUGGGUGGUUUGCCUUUCCCGUGUCCACGAUUUGAACUCUUUGUAG